AUGGGACCAAAAAUCAAUAUAGUUUCAAGAAAAUUAAUAAAACCAUCAAAUCCAACUCCAAAGCAUCUUCAAAGCUUCAAGUUAUCUAUAUUUGAUCAACUUGCUCCUUCAUACCAUAUCAAGAUCAUUCUCUAUUAUUCCAUCAAUGGAGAAAACAAAGCUUCUAAUAAUUCUCAAUUACUUACACAAUUGGAGGAACCAUUGGCUCACACUUUAUCCAAGUUUUACCCACUAGCUGGAAGAUUUGUCAAAGAUCAAGAACAUCUCUUUAUUGAUUGCAGUGACCAAGGUAUUGAAUAUUUAGAAGCUAAAUUUGAUGGGGAACUAGCUGAGUUGCUACAUCAAAGACUUGAUGUUGAGAAUUUGGAUCAACUUUUACCACAAGAAGUUGGUCCAGCUGACUCUGCCACAACUCCAUUACUGACUAUCCAAACCACUUCAUUUUAUUGCGGAGGACUUUCUAUUGGGAUGUGCGUUUCUCACAAAGUUGCAGAUACUUCCACAGUCCUUUCAUUUAUCAAUGUAUGGGCCAAAGCAAAUCAAGGAGAGAAUAUCAAUAACGUAUUGUGCCCGGAUUUUGGAGUUCCUUCAUUGUUUCCACUUAAAAACUCUAUGGUUCAGAACAUUCCUGAACUUGCUGAAUACAUGGAAGUGAAAAUCGUAACGAGAAGAUUUCUGUUUGAUGAGACCGAAAUUUCUAGACUUAAAGACUUAUUCAAGGAAAAAGCAACUACCGACCAAGAAAUCCAACCUACACGAGUGACAUUGGUGACUGCUGUCAUAUGGAAGGCUUUAAUCAGUGUGGCUCAAGCCAAACAUGGUCAAUUACGGCCUUCUUUACUAGUCAUUGUUAUUAACUUGCGGGGAAGAACUGCAGUUGUUCCCAUUUCUAAAAAUGCUUUUGCUAACUCUUGGACUACAAUCAAUGCUCGCUUUACUCCAACAGGGAAUAUAUUAGAAUGGUUUCAUUUGGUACCACUGCUGUCCGAUGCAGUGAGAAACACUGCCAAGUUCAUUAGUAAAGCAGGUACUGAUGACAUUUCUUUGUUAGCAGUUACAAAUUUUAAAGAGGAACAAGAAGGAUUUCUAGAAAACAGCGGCGUUGAUGCAUUUAUACGUACCAGUUGGAGUAAGUUACCAGCAUAUGACGCUGACUUUGGUUGGGGAAGGCCUUCUUGGGUUAGCAGUGCACGUUGCUGCUGUGAAAUGAUCACUCUGUUGGAUAGCAAAUGUGGUGACGGAAUUGAAGUAUGCGUGUCUUUGAAUGAGAAAGACAUGUAUGAACUUGAACGUGAUAUAGACAUUUGUACUUUUACUUCCUUGCACUAA